UCUCUCUCUCUCUCUCUCCGCCUCCCUUUUAAGACCAAAUCGCUCUCUCUCUCUCUCUCUCUCUCCGCCAUUUCUAAGAGCUCAACGAGCUCACUUUCUUCACGCACUUUCUCGUAACGAAGAUAUUCACAGAGAGAUAGAGAGGGAGAGAGACUGAGCCAAGAAGAAGAAGAAUCUUGAAGUUUUUGAAUCCAACUGCUCCAAAGACCAGAUCGGAUCGGGUUUUUUUUAUUUCAAGAACAUUUUUUUUAAUCAAGAUGCAGACGACCAACGGCUCAGAUUCAGCGUUGGCAACUUCCGGAUCCACUCCCACGAUUCAACAGACCACUCCUCCACCUCAGCAGUGGCAACAACAACAACAACAACAACAACAACCGCAACAGUGGAUGGCGGCCAUGCAGUAUCCCGCGGCUGCUAUGAUGAUGAUGCAGCAACAACAACAGAUGAUGAUGUAUCCUCACCAAUACCUUCCCUAUAACCAAGCUCCUUACCACCCUCACCCUCACCAAUACGGGUCUUAUCAACACCAACACCAUCAGCAUCAGCAGCAACACAAGCCUCUUGACCGUGGAUCUGUUGAAGAUGUGAAGACUCUUUGGGUCGGUGAUCUUCUUCAUUGGAUGGAUGAGACUUAUCUCCAUUCUUGCUUCUCUCACACCGGCGAGGUUUCUUCUGUGAAAGUUAUACGUAACAAGCUCACUUCUCAGUCAGAAGGUUAUGGCUUUGUUGAGUUUCUUUCACGUGCUGUAGCUGAAGAAGUUCUUCAGAACUAUAGUGGUUCAGUGAUGCCUAACUCGGAGCAGCCUUUCCGUCUAAACUGGGCAUCUUUUAGUACUGGUGAAAAAAGAGCUGUAGAGAAUGGUCCAGAUCUAUCCGUGUUCGUUGGAGAUUUGUCUCCGGAUGUGACUGACGAUUUAUUGCACGAGACCUUUUCUACUCGAUACCCUUCUGUCAAAGGCGCCAAAGUUGUGAUUGAUUCCAACACCGGACGGUCCAAAGGUUACGGGUUUGUUAGGUUUGGUGAUGAAAAUGAGAGAUCAAGAGCUUUGACAGAAAUGAAUGGAGCCUUCUGUUCUAACAGGCAAAUGCGCGUUGGCAUUGCAACCCCUAAAAGAGCGGUUGCUAAUCAGCAACAACAUUCUUCACAAGCUCUGAUACUGGCUGGUGGACAUGGAGCAAAUGGUUACAUGGCUCAUGGCUCGCAGUCUGAUGGCGAAUCAACUAACUCAACAAUAUUCGUCGGCGGCAUUGACCCUGAUGUUACUGAUGAAGACCUUAGACAACCUUUUUCCCAGUUUGGGGAGGUUGUUUCGGUGAAGAUCCCAGUAGGCAAAGGAUGUGGAUUUGUUCAGUUUGCUGACAGGAAGAGUGCUGAAGAUGCAAUCGAGAGUUUGAACGGGACAGUUAUCGGCAAGAACACUGUCAGACUCUCUUGGGGACGAAGCCCAAACAAGCAGCAGUGGAGAGGAGGAGACUCAGGACAGCAGUGGAAUGGAGGAUACUCACGAGGACAAGGUUACAACAAUGGAGGAUAUGCUAACCACCACGACUCCAACACCUAUCAUGGUGAGACUUGAAAAGACUUGAGAGUGAUCAUCACCAAGGUGGCUUCUCAGAGGGUUUAAAGCUAUGAUUCAGAUAUCAUAGCUACUAAACUUGUAGUCAAAAGGAGAAUUUUGUUAGAUGGAUUUGAUUUUGAUAGACUUGUUUGUUGUUUGGAGAUUCAAAAAUUUUGGUUACUGGUUUGUCUCAGACUAAUAUAAUGAUGGGUGUGCCUUCGUGGAUCAGUUCCGCUUAAA